AUGGCAGCACUACCUGACUCAGGUUGUAAAAAGUGGAAGACACUAACACAAAACAUCCAGGAUGGUUCAUGCAAUGGCCUCCAACACUAUGCUGCAUUGAGAAGAGACACUUUGGAAGUUGCUACAGUUAACUUAGUUGCUGGGGAGAAACCUUCUGAUGUUUACUCAGAGAUUGCAACAAGAUCGGAGAAGUGCCAGAGUGAAGAGGAAGCAACUCGUGGUCGAGGGAAAAGGGUAAGAAAACUUGUUUCCUGUAGGGAAGCAUAUCCCCCCUUCACCCAACAGAUCAGGUGA